AUGUCCAAUUCUUCAUUGGUUUUACGACAAGAGCAGGUAAUUGGGAAAAGAAAUGGAGGUUAUGAAUCUAUUGGGAGGUUUGAUGGUGAUUCAUCUAGUAAUGAUGUUAGUGAUGAAAUAGGAGAUAAUUUGGGGAAAAGAGAUGAUAGUUUUGAUACUCUUUAUUUUAGACCUAAAAGGGUUUAUCAAUUAGACCAAGAAGCCCCUUCAAGAUCAACUUUAGUCAGAGCUUAUUCUGGUAAUGAGAUGGCUAAUUUUGAUCCAGCUACUGGAGUUAGACUUUAUGAUGAUUUCAAACAUAGGCCAAUCCACCUUAUAAACAGUGGGAAUGGAGAAGGCAAUAAUUCAAGCAACCCUUUGCCAGAUAAUUUUAGAAUUCGUAGACAUACGAUAAAUACACCAGCAGGAAUAAUAAACGAUUCCGAGGACGAUUCAAAGAUUGUAGAUCAAGGUUUGAAUGAUGAAUGUAUUCCCGGUUUGGAUUUCAGGGAUGUAGCUAUAAGAUGGGAAAAUGAUAAUUCUUCUGUGCCAUCCAGAAAUGAAAGUUUGAUAUUUAAAAAUACAAAUAAUAAGAAUGAGUUGCUGGCAGGCUCAAAAAAUAACAGUGGGAUUCUUCAAAGGAAGAAUGAAUCUGGAUUGCAAAUUUCAACUGAGAGACUGGAAGAACAGGAUUAUGAAGUUCCGAUCUCUAGAUUUACGACUUGGAGUACAGAUGAUAAUGUUACUAGUAGUAUACCAAGCCCUAAUGAUUCAAUGAUAUUUACAUCAUCUCAUGCUCAGGUUCAACCAAUUCCUUUGCCAAAUGCAGCCACGAAAAACCAUGUUGAAUUCUCACCCAUUGAAUUAGAUAAAGGGUUGGAAUUUCAAGCUCGUAAAAACAAUAUGAUUAAGAACAAUGAAGAUUUAUCUCAUAGUUCUAAUGAUAGAAUUGAUUCCAAUUUGAGUAAAUAUAGUAGAUCAUUUGCUUCGUUUGCAGCAGGAAGAAGACGUUCAUCCAUACCUGAUUCGUAUGAAUCAGCUUCAUCUUCGUUGUCGUUAAUGCCAAAUAAUACAAUAUCUCUGUUCUCGGAAUUAAAAAUAGCGCCAGAAGAGGUACCAGAGCUAAUUAAGAGGCUACCGAAGGAUUUCUUAACUAUGCCAUAUUCACAAAGGAAAAAAGUUUUAUUAGAUAUUUCACCAGAUAAAAAUUAUAAACUAAUGAUGAUUUUAAUUAAAAAGUUCAUGUUGACAACAUCUAAAAGCAAUGCUUCAAUACACAGAAAUUCUCUCAAAUCUGGCCAUGGUUCGGUCGCUUCGCAAUUCCUUACCUCAUUCUCCCCUUCUCUACAAUCAACCGCUAGUAUUAGUAGUUUCAAACCUGAUGAUAAGGGAAUGAAAAUUUUAGGACAUUCAUUAGGGAAGAUAAUUGGAUUUGGUGCUUGGGGAAUGAUAAGAGAAUGCUAUGACCUACAAUCUGGUGAUUGUAGGGCAAUUAAAAUCGUUAGAUUUAGGAAUAAUGAAAGGGUAAAAAAGCAAGUUAUAAGAGAGGUUAUGGUCUGGAAAGAAUUAAAACAUAAAUGCAUUCUUCCAUUAAUUCAGUGGACUUUAGACAAUGAUUAUGCGAUGUACUGUUUGACAGAAAGAAUUCACGAUGGUACCCUAUAUGAUUUAGUGAUAACAUGGGACGAAUAUGUUAAUACUAAGAUUAAGAUAAAGGAUAGAUGCAAUACCACAAUGAAGCUUGCUUUACAAAUUAUUUCGGGAUUGAAAUACAUGCAUUCAAAAUCGAUAGUACAUGGUGAUAUUAAGCUUGAAAAUUGUCUUCUAGAGAAGUCGACUUCUGAUCCCGAUAGCUGGAAGGUAUAUAUCUGUGAUUUUGGAAUGAGUUGUUACUAUGGAGAAAAAGGUAUAGAAAAAGCAAGUAAUGAUAAAUCAUAUAAAGAAUUCGGAGAAAAUGUUUUCAAAGAUUGUAUACUCGAAAAUUUAAAAUUCACUUCCAAAGAUAGACGAUCAGAUAAACACUCUGGUUCUCUUGAUGAAACUUUAGUUACUGCCCAUAAGCUAGAUAACCAAGAAAGUCCGAAAGCAAAAGGUUUAAACGCUGAAAAAGUCACAACUAGUAGUAAAGUGAAAAAAUCAAAAAAAAUGAAAAGUCAUUUAACUACAGCUGUUAAUCCCAUCCCAAAAUCACAUGCUUCAUCGUUCUCGAGCUCUGAAUUAUCUAAUUCUAGUUCUCCAAUAUUGCAAAGAAUUUCCUCACCAUUAUUCGGCGGUCAAUUGAGCCCAAAGUUUGAAAAACUUGAAAGAAACAAAACGAAUAUUGGAGCUAUAGGUCCAGAUCCACAUUCUCACAUAGGUUCUUUACCAUAUGCUGCCCCUGAAUUGUUGCUACCUUCACCACCUCCAUUAGCACCUCCCGCUGAUAUUUGGGCUUUCGGUGUAAUGAUUUAUACAAUGUUAAUUGGUCGAUUACCAUUUAAGCAUGAGUAUGAACCAAGACUAAGGGCCAUGAUAUCUUCGGGAAAAUUUGACAAGAUACCUUUGAAGCAAAUUUGUAAAACUGGGAACAUUGAUAUAGAGACACCUUAUUGUCCGGAAGGCAUGGAGAAUAUGACCUGCUUUAAGGAGCUCUAUGAAUCUAUUGUGGGUUCCAUGACACUUAACGUCGAUAAACGUUGGACCAUCGAUAUGAUUGAAUCUGCAUUAUCUCAUGAUGUCGGUAAGGACUGA